AAGUGAAAUGCCUGCAGGCGAAGAAGAGGACGACGGUGUGAUUCCCAGCUGCUCAUCACAGCCUGUAGUUUACUUCUGAACGCUUUUUUUUACCGGAGCAGUGAGAGGUUUUUUUUUGCGGUGUGAGGAAUCCCGUUACCAUCAUGAAUCCGCCCUGUGGAAGAUGCAAUAAACCAGUUUACCCCACCGAAAAAAUAAAUUGCCUUGAUAAGUAUUGGCACAAAGGUUGUUUCAGCUGUGAGGUAUGCAAGAUGGCCCUGAGCAUGACGACCUACAAAGGCUUUGAGAAGAAACCUUACUGCAGUAUGCAUUACCCCAAAACCUCCUUCACUAUAGUGACUGACACCCCUGAAAAUCUGCGUCUCAAACAACAGAGCAUGCUCAAUAGCCAGGCGCUCUAUAAGGAGGACUUUGAAAAGAACAAGGGGAAAGGUUUCAGCGUGGUGGCCGACACUCCGGAGAUGCAGAGAGUGAAGAAGACACAAGACCAGAUCAGUCAUGCUCUUUACAAGGAGGACUUUGAAAAGAACAAAGGAAAAGGUUUCAGCGUGGUGGUCGACACUCCAGAGAUGCAGAGAGUGAAGAAGACACAAGACCAGAUCAGUAACAUAAAGUACCAUGAAGAAUUUGAGAAGAGCAGGAUUCGAAGUGACGCACCUCCUCCUGAAAAUAGACAAGACUAUGAAGAGCAACCCAACCCUGAGAGAUUCAGUCAGCCGGUCGGACAAAUGCGUCCUGCUGCUGUAGCACCACCUAGUGGAGUGAAACGUUACCAGGCCAUGUACAGCUAUAUGGCUGCAGAAGCAGAUGAAGUUUCUCUCCAGGAAGGCGAUUUGAUCUUAGAUGUGGAGCCAAUAGACGAGGGCUGGAUGUUCGGAUGCAACCAGCGCACAGGGCAGCGGGGCAUGCUGCCCGCUAACUACAUCCGGCCUGUGUGAAACAAAACAGGCGAGGCAGUCCACCUCCAGCAUGAACUGCCCUGUGAAUCUGCGGUCACCAACAACAAUCGGGCUUCCCAAAUCACCUUUUGCAAAUGAAGAAAAAAAAAAAAAUGCUAUUUUUAAUAAAUUCCCAGACUGGUCAUGCUUUGCCUUUGUCAGAAAUAUACUCCUCAAAUCUAAGUUACGACAACCGUUCUUGAAAAAUGAGAUUAGUCCGAGUGAAAUUUCACAUAGGAAACAUCAAUGAUACUAAAAGUUGAAGUGAAAUGGUAUUCUGUAACAGAAACCCACAAGAGGAAGUAAGUGAGGAAAGCAGAAGGAAUAAAAUAAAGUAUUUUACAUGCA